AAGGGGAAUCAUGUCAAAUUAUUGUCAACACCAAAUGUCAUCAAAGUAUGAGAAUAUGGCCAAUAUGCAGUAUAGCUAACCGAUUCAUUAUGAUAAAUUCAUAGAUUGCACUGUAAAUUGAAUUAAUUCGAGUUCUUAAUCACUGGCCUGCACUAUUGAUUCAAAUUUAUCGAUUCGAUUAAAGCGUUAAAUUGAGCAGAUGUAUAUGGGUUCUGCUGGAUCCCUGCCGUCCGAUCCUGUUGGCAGCGGAGAGGAUCACUCGUCGGCAGGUGGAAGCCGGACAUCAGAUGGAGACGGCGGCGGAGGAAGAAUUUCCCCGGCGCCGCCGAGCCGGUACCAGGCGCAGAAGCGGCGAGACUGGACUACGUUUCUGCAGUACCUGAAGAACCACACGCCGCCGCUGACGCUGCCGCGGUGCAGCGGCGCUCACGUGAUCGAGUUCCUCAAGUACCUGGACGGGUUCGGGAAGACGAAGGUGCACGUGACCGGCUGCCCGCACUUCGGGGACCGGAACCCGCCCGCCCCGUGCGCCUGCCCGCUGAAGCAGGCCUGGGGCAGCCUCGACGCCCUCAUCGGACGGCUCAGAGCCGCCUACGAAGAGAUCGGCGGCGGCCGACCCGAAUCCAACCCGUUUGCCGCCAGAGCUGUGGGGAUAUACUUGAGAGAGGUUAAGGGUGACCAAGCUAAGGCCAGAGGAUUCCCUCACCGCAAGGUUUACAAGAAGCGGAAAAUGUCUACAAUCGCCGCGGGUGAGGGCGGCGGCGCCGAUGGUAGUGGUGGCGCUACUGUGGGUCCGCCAGGUGCUGCCAGCUCAACAGUGUAGUCUUAGGGUUGUUGGAAUUUGA